GGUCCGAUAUGCACACUUAUCGUUCCUCUUAUCGAUGUAAACCAUAAAAACUAUGCUGAUUGCAUCUCUGUCCUGCCAACAAUAAAAAAAAAGCUGAAAACGCCAAACGCAUUUCCAAAAAAAAUUCAGAAUUCCCGCUUACUGCAGCUGGUCUUAAGAAACAGCUAGAUUUGCCGGAAAAAAGCGCAUUUGGCAGCACUGGUGGAAACAGCUAUCGCUGCCGAACAGCUGCGUGCCUAUCAUCACAAACAAGUGCAUUUAUUCAAUCUUUGUUUUCCUUUUUCAUUGAAGAAAAAAACUCCCCACAACACACGACAUCGGCAUAUAAUGACGGCCCGAAACCCACAGACUUUAAUGGCACUGCCCAACGAGGAGAACUUUGACUUCCUGUUCAAAAUAGUCCUGAUCGGAGAUUGUGGGACUGGAAAAACAUGCAUAGUGGACAGAUUUAAGACUGGGAACUAUAUAGAGCGACAUGGCAAUACUAUUGGAGUGGACUUUUCCAUGAAAACCAUAGCCGUGGAAGCAAAACAAAUUAAGCUGCAAAUCUGGGACACGGCUGGCCAGGAGAGGUUUCGCACUAUUACGCAGAGCUAUUAUCGCUCGGCCAACGGUGUCUUAAUUGUUUAUGACAUCACAAAGAGGUCUUCCUUCUCCAAUCUGCAAAAAUGGAUCGAGGAGGUGCGCAGAUACACGGCAUCGAAUGUGCUGAUCAUAUUGAUUGGCAACAAGUGCGACCUGGAGACGGAGCGCGAGGUGGACUUUGAAGAGGCUCGCCAAAUGUGUCAAUAUAUACCUGAGAUCCUUUUUGUGAUGGAAACGUCCGCCAAGGAGAACAUGAAUGUUGAGGAUGCCUUCCGCUGCCUUGCCACUGAACUAAAGCGCCAACACGAUGCCAACAAUGUGGAGGCUGUGGACGAGAACACCAUUACCCUGGGGCAGGGGAAGCCCCUUAAGAGUUGCAGCAGCUCCUGUAAUCUCACUUAGACAUCACCGUUUUGAUAUUGUUUUAUUUUGCUUUUACGUUUUGUGAUCAAACUGUUCGUGUGGCUAUAUAUUUAGUUUGCUAAUAUUUAAUCCUAAUCCUAAAACUGUUUUUACGCGUUACUUACUGGCGGCUGCGAGUAAGCCCUUUAAUUUAUGUACUAACUUUUACACAACCAUGUAUUUAUUUUAGACGAUAGAGUACAAAUUAAUCUCAAACAUCAACAAACAAGCGAGCGAAUCGCGCUAACAGUGUCAAUUAUAAGGCAAUGUUCGAAGAGAAGACAGGAGUGGAAAGAUACGUCCAAUUCUGUAUUCAAUUUAAUACGAAACAGUUUCGAAAUAAACUCUUUUAUUUUGUAA